AUGGCCCCCAAAUAUGUCUGGACAAGUCUAGGCAAGAAGCUUGAGACACUAGAAGUCAACCGCUGGCUGGAUCGAUCCCGCUCCUUCAGAACGCCGACAAGCCAUGCUGCUCGCUGUCAAUUAUGCCCCAUCAACUACGACGACCACGCAAUGAGAUAUCAAAUGCUUGAAUGCGCGUCCGCGACCUGCAAGGUGGUCCUGGGUGACGGCUGCGAAUGA